UGUUAAGACGCUCCCUUCUUCCUCCCAGUUAGUGAGUCCAGCUGAAGGCGCCUUUCAAUCUUUUCACGCGCAGGAGUCGGCUCUUCUCGUUGCAGUGUGCAGGGCAGAGCUCGGCAAAGGUCAGUGUGCAGGCGCUUCCAUUGAGGAUUCCCAGUGACUAGCUUGCUCGGAGAAGGAACAAAGGACCCCAGCAGCAGAGCAAAAAGAAAGAUCUGAUACCCGAUCGUUCGUAUCCGAUCGCCGCCAGCGAAGAUGUUGCCGCAGAAGCAAGCAGAGGAAGCCAUCGUGAUGUGCAGCAGUACUACCGCAAAGGACGAGCUGGAGCAGGACGUGGUCGGCAAGGAGGACGAGGAGGUGGCCCGCGGGUUCAGCAUGAAGAGCUUCCUCUGGCACGGCGGCUCCGUCUGGGACGCCUGGUUCAGCUGCGCCUCCAACCAGGUGGCCCAGGUUCUGCUGACGCUGCCCUACUCGUUCUCGCAGAUGGGAAUGCUGUCGGGGGUGAUCCUGCAGUUGUUCUACGGGAUAAUGGGUAGCUGGACGGCGUAUCUCAUCAGCGUCCUCUACGUCGAGUACCGCACUCGCAAGGAGAAGGAGAACGUGAGCUUCAGGAAUCACGUUAUCCAGUGGUUCGAGGUGCUGGAUGGGCUGUUGGGGCCGUACUGGAAGGCUGCCGGCCUCGCCUUCAACUGCACCUUCCUGCUCUUCGGCUCCGUCAUUCAGCUCAUAGCCUGUGCCAGCAACAUAUACUACAUCAACGAUCGGCUGGACAAGAGGACGUGGACGUACAUAUUCGGCGCCUGCUGCGCCACGACGGUGUUCAUACCCUCCUUCCACAACUACAGGAUAUGGUCCUUCCUCGGCCUGGGCAUGACCACCUACACCGCUUGGUACCUCACCAUUGCCGCUGCCGUCCACGGGCAGGUGGAAGGGGUGACGCACUCGGGUCCGACAAAGCUAGUGCUUUACUUCACCGGCGCCACCAACAUACUCUACACCUUCGGGGGCCACGCCGUCACCGUGGAGAUCAUGCACGCGAUGUGGAAACCGCAGAAGUUCAAGUACAUCUAUCUGCUGGCCACGCUUUACGUGUUCACCCUGACGAUGCCGUCGGCGGCCGCCACCUACUGGGCCUUCGGCGACCAGCUUCUGACGCACUCCAACGCCUUCUCGCUGUUGCCCAAGUCGAGGUGGAGGGACGCCGCCGUCAUCCUGAUGCUGAUCCACCAGUUCAUCACCUUCGGCUUCGCCUGCACCCCGCUGUACUUCGUGUGGGAGAAGGUGAUCGGAAUGCAUGACACCAAGAGCAUCUGCCUGCGCUCCCUUGCCCGGCUUCCCGUCGUCAUCCCCAUCUGGUUCCUGGCCAUCAUCUUCCCCUUCUUUGGCCCCAUCAACUCCGCGGUGGGCGCUCUCCUCGUCAGCUUCACCGUCUACAUCAUCCCCGCCUUGGCACACAUGGUCACCUACCAGAAACCAUCUGCACGGCAGAAUGCUGCGGAGAAGCUGCCCUUCUUCUUGCCGAGCUGGACGGCGAUGUACAUGGUGAACGCCUUCGUAGUGGUGUGGGUGCUGGUGGUGGGCUUCGGGAUCGGCGGAUGGGCCAGUAUGACCACCUUUAUCAAGCAAGUCGACACAUUCGGCCUGUUCGCCAAGUGCUACCAGUGCCCCAACCCGCACCCUUCCCCUGCUCCCGGGCCGCCGCAGCAUCUCCACUGACCCAUCAACAGCAGCAGCGGAGAGUUGCUUAGGACUCUUGUGUUCCAGGGCGGUUCCUCCGCUCGUGGUUCUGCGGCAUCUUUUCCUAGUUGGCUAUUUACCAUGUUACUCGAGCUUGGGAGCGUAUGCUACUGUCAGCCAGCAGUACUCGUGAUGAUGUUAUUACUGAAGGUGUUUGUCUUUAUGACCCAGAGAUUAACCAUGAGCAAGCCUCGCUUCUGAA